AUGGACUUUGACCUCAUCAUUACCAACGGCCUGCUCGCCACCGCCUCCGAUAUCGCCCCACUGGAUGUCGCCAUCAAGGCCGGCAAGAUCUCACUGCUCGCCCCUCAUGGCGUCCUCGACACCAGCAAAGCAGCCAAGGUCAUCGACGCCGAAGGCGCCUACGUCACACCAGGCGGCAUAGACACCCACGUCCACUUGGAAGAGCCACCGCUCUUCGGCGGCAAAGGCCGAUCCAGCGACACCUUCGAAACCGGCACCCGUUCCGCCAUCUGCGGCGGCACCACCACCAUCGUCGCCUUCGCCCCUCAGGCCAAAUACAUGCCCAGCCUCCUGGAGGUGCUCAAGGACUGCCAUUCCCGCGCGGCCGGCAACUGCUACGCCGACUACUCUUUCCACAUGCUCGUCGGUAGCCCCAACCCCACCGCCCUCAGCGAAUUCCCCCAACUCGUGCAAGAAGGCAUCACCUCGCUGAAGAUCUACAUGACCUACGAAGCCCUGCAGCUGCGCGACGACCAGAUCCUCGACGUCCUCUACACCUCGCGCGCCCACGGCAUCACGACCAUGAUCCACGCCGAGAACGGCGACGUCCUCAACUGGAUGACGCGCAAGCUCGAGGAACGCCAGCUCUUCGCGCCCGUCUACCACGCCACCAGCCGCCCGCAGAUCGUCGAGACCGAGGCCACGAACCGCGCCAUCGCCCUCGCCGAGCUCAUGGACGCGCCGAUUUUGAUCGUGCAUGUGAGCAGUCCGAGUGCGGCCAAACAUAUCCGCGAGAGCCAGACGAGGGGCUUGCCCGUCUAUGCCGAGACGUGUCCGCAGUACUUGUUCUUGACGCGGGCGGAUAUGGCCAAGACGGGGGAUCAUGGGUUUGAGGGCGCCAAAUGUGUGUGUAGCCCGCCGCCGCGAGACGGGGUGGAGGAUCACGAGGGCAUCUGGUUGGGCUUACGCAACGGGACCUUCACUGUGCUGAGCUCGGAUCACUGCCCGUUCAUGUACGAAGACAAAGAAAAGGGCAAGAAGAGCAUCCUCUCCCCCGAGCACCCCGUCGGCCGCUUCGCCGGCAUCCCCAACGGCAUCCCCGGCAUCGAAACGCGGCUCCCUCUCACCAUGAGCGCCAACAAGCUCCCCAUGACCAAAUUCGUCGAGGUCACCGCCACCAACGCCGCCAAGCUCUACGGGCUGUACCCCCGCAAAGGCGCCGUCUUGCCGGGCGUCAGCGACGCAGACUUGGUGAUCUGGUACCCCGAGGGCAGGAUCAAGGAGGGAGUCACGAAUGGCAUGCUGCAUCAUAAUGUGGAUUACACGCCGUUUGAGGGACGCGAGGUCACGAAUUGGCCGAGGUAUACGGUUUUGAGGGGGGAGGUCGUGUGGGAUAGGGACGGGGACGGGUUGGUGGGGAGGAAGGGGUAUGGGGAGUUUGUGAGGAGGGGGAAGAGCUCGUUGCCGGGGCCGAGGGGGGAGGAGGAGUUUGAUGUCAGUAAGUUUUGA